AUGGCUACAAAUCCUGUGCUUCCUAUUUCUCCAGUCCUCCCAUCAUUCAACCUGCCACCUCCAAUGAUCCCGACUCCCAAACGACCGGCUCAUCCACUACCAUCACUGGAUCUGAACCUUCCAGCCCCAUGUGCAAAAUUUUUUCAAUUUUUUUUGCGAAAGAACUAUUUUUUAUGGACAACACUAUCUUGA